GCACUGUGGCUUGUCUGUUUCCUGUUUCACCAGACUGCUGUGCCAAAAGAAUGUCGGUACCAGAGGAAAAUGGAGAGGGGGCUCAGAACAUCUGACUGACUGCUUCCCUGGCCACCUGAGACCAGAGAGGGGGCUCAGAACAUCCGACUGACCGCUUCCCUGGCCAUCUGAGACCAGAGAGACACUAGGACAAAACCUGAGACCUGAGAUCCAAGCAGCUGUUCAAGGAACUGAAAGCCAAAGACAACAGGUGCUCGGGAGGUCACCAUGAUCAGCUCAGACCCCAAGUCCUCCCCUGGCUUGGCUCGGUGGGCUGAGAGCUACGAGGCCAAGUGUGAAAGACGUCAGGAGAUCCGAGAAAGCCGCCGCCGCCGCCGCAAUGAGACCACCUGCCGCCAGCCGGGGAAGGUGCUGAGGACCCAGCACAGGGAACAGCUUCAGAGAGCUCGGCAGCUCCAGUUCCUCAGAAGGAGAAACCUGGAAGAUGAAACGAAAGGCCAGGUCAGGGAGCAAGGGCCUUCCCGCAAGACAGAUGGAGGGACAUGUCAGGUGACUGUCCUCAAGGAGCCCUUGCCUGGUGCCAACAAGACCGCUUUCCCUGGACAGCAGGUAACAGGGACAAGCGCCGCCGUUUUCCCAACCCUGCGCCAUUCCUCCUCAAGCCUCCAUUCCUCACACAUGACCGUCUGUCCACCACAGGACUCUGCCAUCAAGAAGCCACACAGACAGCACCGGGGUACUCAGACAAAGGCAGAAGAGGCACAGCCAAGAGUAAAGAGUGAUGCCAGUCAGCAAACCAACUGUGGAGUCGCAGUUCAAGAUAAGGACAUCAUCCAACUCUCUGAGUACCUCAAAGAAGCUCUCCAAAGGGAGCUGAUCCUCAAACAGAAAAUGGUGUUUCUCCAGGACCUGCUGCCUGCCCUGAUCCGGGCCUCUGACAGCUCUUGGAAGGGGCAGCUUAAUGAAGACAAACUGAAGGGCAAACUAAGGUCCCUGGAAAACCAGCUCUACACCUGCAUGCAGAAACACACUCCCUGGGGAAUGAAGAAAGUGCUGCUGGAGAUGGAAGACCAGAGAAGCAACUAUGAGCAAAAGGCUAAGGAGUCGCUUCAGAAAGUGCUGGAGGAGAAAAUAAGUGCGGAGCGGCAACUUCAGAGUGUGCAGCUGUCCCUGGCUUUCGCUGAGCAGAAGUGUGAAGAGUGGAGGAGUCAGUACGAGGCUCUUAAGGAGGACUGGAGAACCCUAGGGGAGCAGCACAGGGAGCUGGAGAGUCAACUGCAUGUACUUCAGUCCAAACUACAGGGAGCAGACAGCAGAGGCUCACAGAUGAACCAGGCCCUGCGACUUCUAGAAAAUGAGCACCAGGAGCUGCAGGCCACGAUCGAGCGCCUGCAAGGGGACCGAGAGCAGCAGAGCUCCCACACCCAGGACCUACUAGAUCGGCUAAAGCGGUCAGAGGAGGAGAAACAGGUCCUGGUGAGCAGAGUACAGAAGCUGCAGAGUCUGCUUCAGAAUCAGUCCUUACACCACCAAGAACAGGAGAAACUCUUAAAGAAAGAUCAGGCUUUACCUGUGUGGAAUCCAAAGCUCUCCCUUGAUGAAGCAAAGCCCGAGAGUACAGGGAAGGAGAAAGACUGGGAGCUCAGAGACCAGCUACAAAAGGAGACAUCUCAGCUCCGGGCCAAGGAAAAGGAGUGCAGAGAGCUGCAUUCAGAGCUAGACAUCCUCAAUGACAAGCACCACUCCUGUCUUGGAAAGCUACAGCACUGUCAAGAAGCCCUGAGCCACAGCCAGGAGGGCCCACAGCGGCAGUGUGGCCAGUGGCUCCCGGUGCUGAUGGUGGUGAUGGCUACAGCACUGGCGGUGUUCCUGGCAAACAAAGACAGCCUGGGGAUCUGAGUAACUUCUGGCGUCUGUCUGGGGGAAAGCUAGAAGCAAACGACUCCCUGAAAAACUUGAGUUUUGGUACUUUACAACUUCGGUUUCCCUCCAACUGAAUACAGAU